UCGAGACUAUUUCGUUCUUUGGAUUUUAUUUUAAAAUAUUUGUUUAGUUUGUUUAUUUUUUAUUGCUGGGGGUUCUGUGUGAAGCACCGUGUUCCUCCUGUGCUUGAAUUGUAGAACUGACUGAAGAAUUCUAAGUUUGGGACUUACUUUCUGAACAGUAUGGCUGCAGCUGUUCUAGGCGCAGCAUUCAUUCCAUAUUUCAACCACCUCAUUGAGAUCUUGGAAACAAACAAAGAACUGAAAAAGACUGCGCUAGGCAUUUUGAGGCAGGUGGCUUGGGGUGCCGGCGGUACAGUGGUUGGAGGAUGUUUAGGUGGACCACCUGGAGCCUUGGUUGGUGGUAUAACCGGUGCUGUGAUUGGCUAUGCUGUCGGUGAUGAGUACCAGUCAUUGGUUAAAACUUUGAAGAACCUGACAGAUGAUGAAAAACGGAGGAUUGUUGACAAAGUACAAGAUGUUGUUGGCUCGACAGGAAUUGAAGCUCUGACCAGAUUUGUGGGUUUCCAGGCACAGCGAGAGAUUUUGAUCAACAUUCUGCAAAAAGCAACCAAAGAAAUGAGAGGUGGUUGAUCCGCUGAACAAUAAUUGGAACAUGUGUACUGACAUUUUUGGACAGAUAAUAAGUUAUGUUAAAACAAGAAGCAAAAACAAUGAGAAGUGACAGCCGCUGAUAGCAUUUACACUUAACAUUGACUUUACACUUAACAUUGACUUUGAAAUAUGCACAGACAUAUAUAUUGUAGAGACGUAUGGUUUGUGUAUAAAUUAUAAAAACAAUCAUAAACAGGGCUAGCUUCAGGUAAGCAGAAAAUGUCGCUUAAUUAUCAAACUUCAAAAUUAUCAGAAAGUCAGUUAUUUUAUAGCAAAAUGUAAAUUAUUAGAUGAAAUUAUUUCACUAAAAUAAAAUUUGCCAAUUGUUUUUAAAAUUUGUAAUUGGUGACGGGUGCCAGAGCUAGCCCUGCAUGACAAAAGUGUAUCACAUGUAUAAAAAUAUAUGCACAUACACAGGGCUCGAACUUUAGAAUUUGUCACCUACUGCAUUUAAAACAAAAUAAAAAGAUGUAAUUGCCAUGGGUAAAAUAGCCAGCCAACAGCAAUUUUCAAAUCUGCCUAUGGUAAAAAAAAAAAAUGACCUUUACAGCAAAUAAAUAUGACUGAAAGGUUAUUUUGUUUGCAUGUAGACAUAUUUCAAUUGUACAGAUUUUUAAAUACUGGCAGAUAAUGUAUACCAGAUAUAUUCAUUUUGCUGUUGUUGAGGAGUUUUUCUGACGGCAGUAAUUUUUAUCCAGCGCACAAAAGUGCCAUCAGUGACACUCCCGACCCAUGGCAAUAUAUAUCUCAAUGACGGCAAUUGCCAUCGUUUUUGUCAUUAAAUUCGAGCCCUGAUACAUAUGUACAGCUCAUUCCUUUCUGGUACUGGGUUAUCAUUCAUUUUGAAAUUACAAUCUCACCUCACCAUAUUAUAUACUACCUGACAAAAAAUAAGGGAACGACUGAUGUGAAUGUAACUAUCGUUGACAUGCACUGUUACAAUACAGUGGCGUUGCAUCUGAACGCUUCUUCUGAUCAAAAUGAAAUUUCACAUCAUGCAUGAACAGCAUGUGAUGUACGUGCACACAGAAGAUCAUGUGUAUGUGCUUAUCCUGGAACUCACAAACACUGAUGUAAGUGAGGUAAUCACAUGCGUGAAAAUGGUCCCAAAACGAUACCUUAAUGAAGAGACGAAAUGGCGAAUUGUCGGUACGAUAGAGGGAGGUACGUCAAUAUGCCAAGUUGCCCGAAUGUUUGGUAAAUCAAAAAGUGUAAUUUCUAGAUUGUGGGAUAAGUACCGUCAAACUGGCGGGGUUGCAACGAGACCUGGGCGUGGCAGGCCUAAAAAGACGACACCUCGACAAAAUCGUACCAUAACAUUAAUUGUUCUACGCAAUAGAUUCAAAUCAGCUACUGCUAUCAACAGUGAAUUCCGUACAAUAACAGGAAGGCGAAUUUCAACAUUGACCGUCAAGAACAGACUCUACAAAGCCCGCCUGAAAGCGAGGCGUCCUCUGAAGGGUGUGACCCUAACAGCUCACCAUAGGCGGCAACGGUUACGGUGGGCUAGGCAACACCAGGGACGGACUGUGAGACAAUGGCGUUACACCAUGUUUACAGACGAAUCGAGGUUCUGCCUGAGAUUCACAGAUGGCAGAAAACGUUGGCGACGUAGCUGCGAGAGAUAUGCCUGGGCUACAAUUCUAGACCAUGAUCGGUAUGGGGGUGGUAGUGUCAUGGUGUGGGGAGGGAUCACACAUAAAAGGCGAACAGAUUUGAUUAUUGUUAAUGGAAAUUUGACUGGCCAGAGAUAUCUGGACCAAAUUUUGUGUCCUGUCGUUGUUCCAGUGGCAAAAAAUAUUGGCAGAAAUUUUGAAUUUCAAGACGACAAUGCAAGUCCACAUCGUGCUCAGAUAGUCACCGAUUACCUACGACAACAAGGCAUACCGACAAUCGACUGGCCCGCUAAGUCCUCCGAUAUGUCCCCUAUAGAGCACCUGUGGGACGUUCUUGGGCGGAGAGUGUACGCAAGGGACCCAGCACCCGCCAACGUGGCCCAGCUUGCGGUAGCCUUUCAGAAUGAAUGGCGGGCAAUACCCAGGGCAACCAUACGUACAUUAAUCAACAGUAUGCCAUCAAGGUGUCGAGCAUGCAUCGCCCAAAAUGGUGGACACACCAGAUAUUGAUAUACACGCCCCAAAUUGGUUUUCCAGACAUUAAUCGAAAUAAAACAUUCACUAUAAUUUCACCCGUUCCCUUAUUUUUUGUCGGUAGUAUAUUAUCAUUUAUGAAAUGCAUAACACAGCCACACCUACUGUUUGUCGGUCUAUCACAAUGUUUCCAAAUUGUUUAUUUCCAUUUUUUUAUGGAUUUUGUAUUUUCACUUCCUGUUGCAGGGCUCGAACUUCAGAAUUUGUCUCCCAUUGCUAUUUUGUUUUUAUAUUGCCGUAGGUGAAACAGCUCACCAUCGGUAAUUUAAAGCCUGCCACAGCUGUUUGGAAAAAAAAAAAAGAAGACUUUUGCAGCAAAUAAAUAAGACUCAAAGGUUAUUUUGCUGUAUAUGACGUUUUAAUUAAAUGUACUGUUAUAUAUACUGGCAGAUAAUGUACACCAGGUGUAAACAUUUUGCCAUCAUUGAGGUGGUUUACCGACAGCACUUUUGUGCCAUCAGUGAUGCUCCAGACCUAGGGCAAUUUAUAUCUCGACGGCAAUUGCCGUCUGUGCCAUCGUUAAAUUUGAUCCCUGCUGUUGUAUACAGGAAUCACUGUAAUGGUAACUCAUAAGGGUAUGGGUCUUUUCUAACGGAGAUUGUCACCAUCAGAUGAUGUCGUGAUGUAUAUCUGUGUCAAAGUUGUAGUCUUCUUCGAGUACUCGUGGAGGCCCUAAUACCAGUAGUUUUUUCAUGUUAUUUAUAGUGUGCAAGAUUUAUCCACUAGAUUGCUACACAGUGUCCAAGGAGAAAACAAGAUACAGCUAAAAUUACUCUUCCAUUUUGCUCCAUCUCUCACAAACUAUAAGUCCUAGACCAAUAAAACAUUGUUUAUAGUUGCACAGGUCUAAGCAUGUUCGUCACAAUGCCUGUGGGAAAAAAACCACAAUAAUAAAAAUAUUAUUUAUAAUAAUUGUUUUUUAUGGUUUUUUUACUUAAGAUUUUUUUAAUAUGCAAUGAGAUUAAUAUCUAUGAAUGCAUCUGUUAUCAACUAUAUACAUGUAGUAGACGAUAUAUUUAUAUAUUUACUUCCGCAGAAUUCUGGUAUAAAUGCAGUUACUCUAUCCCAAAAUGGGGACAGAACGUAGCCCAGUGGUAAAGCGCUCACCUGAUGCAUGGUCAGUCUUGGAUCGAUCCCUAUUGGUGGAACCAUUGGGCAAUUUCUCAUUCCAGCCAGUGCACCAUGACUGGUAUAUAUCAAAGGCCAUGUUACAUUAUGUGCUAUCUUGUCUAUGGGAUGGUGCAUAUAAAAGAUUUCAUGGCAUCCAUAAUAAAUCAAUGUGCUCUAGUGGUGUCAUUAAACAAGAGAAACUUAACUAUCCCAAAGCUGUUGCAUAUUCAAGGCUCUGAUUUUAAUGGAUGAUUUAUUUAACAAAGACUUAAUUAUGUAGAUGUGCAAUCAUUAGUGCAAACUGUGUGUACACAUGUUGUUUAUCAUUAAUAUUUUAACAAUAUAUUACUCAUAUAUUUUAUGUACUGUACAUGUAGUUUGAUAUUUUUGUUACAUUCUUUACAAUUUACUUGGUGUUGAAAAGAGUAAAUUUAUAAUAUUAUAUGUCAAUAAUUUGUAUCAAAUUAAUGUUUGAAAUAAAAAGUUAAAAUAUU